CUAAGGCCUGGUCGUGUGGACUAGUGGUGAGUUAGUGAAGAAAAGCAGCUUGUCUGGGGAAGUUCCCAACCUCCAAAGGGAGGAGAGGCAUCCCCACGACCAGUCUGAGCUGGAAGAGUCCCUUCCUGCGAGACAUUCAGGGCAGGGAGGAGCUGUUCACCUCUCUUCCUCAUGCAGUGUGAGGGCCCUCCCCCUCAUCCAGCAUCCCCUUUUCUGCCCUUAGUGCUUCCUCUGGAGAGGCAGCUCCAUGAGGCCGCCCGACGGAACAACAUCGGGAGGAUGAAGGAACUGAUCGAGAGGAGAGUCAACGUCAGGGCCAGAAACCACGCGGGCAGGGUGGCCCUGCACUGGGCUGCAGGCGCCGGGCACGAGCCAGCUGUCCAGCUGCUGCUGGAGCACGAGGUUGCUGUGGACGAUGAGGAUGCGGGAUGGGGCCGCUCUUACAGGCGCCCUUGUUUUGGGAUGAACGCGCUUCUCCUGUCUGCCUGGUUCGGCCACUUACGGAUCCUCCAGAUCCUGGUCAACUCUGGGGCCAAGAUCCACUGUGAGAACAAGGACGGCCUGACCUUAUUACACUGUGCAGCCCAAAAAGGCCACAUGCCGGUGCUGGCGUUCAUAAUGGAGGACCUGGAGGAUGUGCCCCUGGACCAUGCUGACAAGCUGGGAAGGACGGCGUUCCAUCGGGCUGCUGAACACGGGCAGCUAGAUGCUCUGGACUUCCUUGUGGGCUCUGGCUGUGACCACAGUGUGAAAGACAAGGAGGGGAACACGGCCCUUCACCUGGCUGCCGGCCAGGGCCACCUGGCUGUGCUGCGACGGCUCGUGGACAUCAGGCUGGACCUGGAGGAGCAGAACGCGGAAGGUCUGACUGCCCUGCACGUGGCGGCUGAAGGUGUCCACCCUGACUGUGUACAGCUCCUUCUUGAGGCCGGGAGCUGUGUGAACGCCCUCACCCAGAAAAAACAGAGCUGCCUCCACUACGCAGUCCUCUGUGGCUCUGAGGACGUGGCCCGGGCCCUCAUCCAUGCAGGAGGCCACACCAAUGUGGCUGAUCAUGGCGCCUCUCCUCUGCACCUGGCUGUGAAGCACCACUUCCCUGCCUUGGUCCAGCUUCUCAUCAACGCCGGCAGUGACCUGGAUGCCACCGACAAUUAAAGGCAGCAGACACCCCUCCACCUUGCUGCUGAGCACGCCAGGCAGGACAUAGCGGAGAUGCUCCUCAUCGCGGGGGUUAACUUAAACCUGAGAGAUAAGCAAGGGAAAACUGCCCUGGCGGUGGCCGCUCGCAGCAACCACAUCAGCCUGGUGGACAUGAUCAUAAAGGCUGAUCGCCUCUACACGUGGGAGAAGGAUCACCUCUGGCUCAGGGACCCCAGGGAUUGCUGUGGGAAGAACUUGACCUUUAAGCAGGACCAUCGGCAGGAAGGGCGGCAAUUCUCCUGUGUGCUGUGGCGACUGGCCUCAAGGGACCUGCGGCCUCAUGAGUGGAAGAAGCUCGCAUAUUGUUGGGAGUUCACUGAGGCCCACGUCCACGCCAUCGAGCAGCCGUGGACAGGCACCAAGAGCUACCAGGAGCACGGCCACCGGAUGCUGCUCAUCUGGCUGCAUGGUGUGGCCACAGCCGGUGAGAACCCCAGCAAAGCACUGUUUGAGAGCCUCGUGGCCAUUGACAGGAGGGACCUAGCUGAAAGCGUCAGGAAGAAAGCAAAUGCUGACCCGAGGGCCCCCAGCAGGUGCACGGCCAUGUAACCAGAGGAGCCAGACCUUCAGGGGCAUGGGGCCUCAGAGUGGGGGCCACUGAACAGAAGACGACCACCACUUAAGGGCUUUUUAAAAAAAAAAUCGCCGGGGCGCCUGGGUGGCUCAGUUGGUUAAGCGACUGCCUUCGGCUCAGGUCAUGAUCCUGGAGUCCCGCAUCCGAGUCCCGCAUCGGGCUCCCUGCUCGGCGGGGAGUCUGCUUCUCCCACUCCCCCCUCUUGUGCUCUUUCUCUCUCUCACUCUCUCUCUCGAAUAAAUAAAUAAAAUCUUAAAAAAAAAAAAAUCGUUGUAACAGACCUCCCGCUGCUUGCGGUCUCUUCCCCAAGGGUCGGUCUGGGUUUUGCAGGUAAUCCCUUCCCACAGGUGGGGUCCUUUACAGCUCUCAGAGCCUCACAGCAGUCCCCUGAGAUGCAAGGGCCAUCUCUUCAAAGAGGACGCUGAGGCCCAGGAUGGAUAAAGCAGCCAAUCGGCUGUUGCGGUCAGGUGCCAAACCCCGCACUCCUGUCUCUCCAGCGGCACUGACCAAACCGCCCGCCCGUCACCCACUCACUGGCUUUUAAUGAGCGCUGCGCUCACUCCACAGCUCUUUCUGUCCCCAAGCUUAUUUGUACGCCGUGACAGUUCCAGGAGGCACACACUCUUUUUUUCUCUCUUGUUUCAGGAUUUUUUUUUUCAAUUUUAAAAAUUUUAUUUUGAAAUCCUUUCAGACUUAAACAUUGCGGAACCAGUACAAAGAAUUUCUGAAUACGCUUCACCAUACAGCUUCCCCAAAUACUAACAUCUUACACAAUCACAGCCUAAUUUUUAAGACCAGGAAGUUAACACUGAUACCGUACUCUUAACUGCUCUUCAGACCUGAUUCCGAUUUUGUCAGUUGAGCCAUUCAUCCGAGUCCUUUUUCUGGACCAGGAUCCAGUCCAGGACCACACACCUUACAUUUAGUUGUCAUUCUUCGUUUUACUAGCCCCAUACAGAGGGUCACCUCUCCAGAACAGCACCAUCUGACAGAACUUUCUGUGGUGACGGGAAUGUUCCAGAUCUGUGCUAUCCAAUACAUUUACCCCUAGCCACCUGUGGCUGCUGGGUACUUGAAGUGUGGCUAGUGGGACCGAGGAACCAAAUGUGUAGUUUAAUUUGAAUGAUUAGAAAUUUAAAUAAGUUGGGGCACC